CAAAAAAGCAAAAGCACAGUGCCAUUGUCGGUAGUAAAUAAAGCAAAAGCAACUCAUAAUCCAUCACUGUCUCUUCUUCUUCUUCUUCCACUGAUCUCUCUCUGUUCUCCCUCCCUUCUCCGUCUCCACUGAGAAAUGUCACUUCCCACUGCAUCAUUUCUCAUCACCCUCCUCUUCACCACAGUCACCUCUCACUACUCCUUCUCUACAUCUCCCAACCCACCACGAUCUUCCUCUUCCUCUUCCUCCUCAUGGUCCUCCCUCUCCGAAUGGCGAUCUGCACGCGCCACCUACUACGCUGCAGCGGAUCCGCGUGACGCUGUAGGCGGCGCGUGCGGCUACGGCGACCUCUUAAAAACUGGCUACGGCAUGGCCACGGCGGGGCUGAGUGAGACGCUGUUUGAACGGGGGCAGAUCUGCGGCGCGUGUUUUGAGCUCCGGUGUGUGGAGGAUAGUCGGUGGUGUUUACCUGGGACGAGCAUCAUUGUCACCGCCACGAACUUCUGUGCUCCGAACUAUGGGUUUACGGCGGAGGGAGGUGGGCACUGUAAUCCUCCGAAUAACCAUUUUGUUCUUCCCAUUGAAGCGUUUGAGAAGAUCGCUAUCUGGAAGGCUGGGAAUAUGCCGCUUCAGUAUCGCAGGAUAAACUGCAGAAGAGAAGGUGGAAUCCGAUUUACAGUCACUGGUUCUGGUAUCUUCAUUUCAGUGCUAAUCAGCAAUGUUGCUGGACACGGAGACAUAGUAGCGGUGAAGGUUAAGGGUUCAAGAACUGGUUGGCUUCAAAUGGGUCGCAAUUGGGGUCAAAACUGGCAUAUAAAUGCAUUAUUACAGAAUCAACCUCUUUCAUUUGAGGUUACUGGUAGUGAUGGGAAAACAGUUACGUCUUACAAUGCUGCUCCCAAGGAUUGGAGUUUUGGACAAACCUUUGAAGGCAAGCAAUUUGAAACUUAAAAGCAUAAUGAAGAAAGCUUGUUUCCCAGGGACCUAUCUCCUUCCUUUCAUAAUCCUUUUUUUUUUUACCUCGAUAGCGAUAGAAGGUAGUGGUUUUCUUUUACCUUUAAAUUCUUUUGGUUUUGUAGGAGACUGUAGAUAGCAAAUGGUUUGGUGGUUUGCAAGCUUGUCAAUGUGACAGUGUAUCUUUCCAUUUAUUAUCUUAGGUUAUUGUAUGAAAAUAUACCUUGUGGGUCAACCAACCCCAGAGAAGUAAAUGUUGUGAGGCUCUUAUUAGGACGUAUGAUCUUACUAACUUCAUUUACAAGUUGUCUUCACUUCAA